AUGGCCGCACGCCCGCCGCCUCCCGGGGCCUUGCCGACUUCCCGGAACGACUUGCUUCUCGACCUAGAAAAUGAACAGCCCGCGUACAGCGGCGGCCAACGGUCGACGCUCAACGACGAUGACCUCCUCGCUUACGGCUUCGACCACGACGCGGCGCAGCCCCGCCCCUCGGUCUCGUACGACGAUUUCAUCGGUGCCGACCAUUCAACAUCAACAAUACCAAUACCACAUGCCUCGUCGGCACGCCCGCCGCAGGCCGGCCCCUCGGGCUCCACACCCCGUCCUCCCACCGCGCCCUACCUGACCGAUGCCGACAGGCAAUACAGCCAGACAUCGGAUCUGGGCAACUACCAGAGAUACGCCGACGACUCUGACGAAUAUCCGGAUGACGGCGGUUCAUACUAUCAGCAGGGCGGCCCUCUGCCGCCCGGCGGCGCCUCGGCUGUGAGGGACGCGCGGAAUCGUAACAGCGUUCUCGCCUUGGGCGGUGGUGUUUUCGGCCGCAUCAAGCACAAGCUCGGCAUGGGCCAGGGCUACUCGGAAAUGGACCUGCCAUUGAGGGAGCCGCGCGCCGCCGGCCGCACAGACUCGGACAGGCUAGAAACGCCGCCGACGGCCUCCAAGCCGAAGAAGAAGUUCGAUAUGGGCAACUUCAAGUUCGGCUUCGGGCGCGGGAAGCCUGAUCCCUCGACCUUGGGGCCUCGCAUCAUCCACCUCAACAACCCGCCUGCCAACAUGGCCAACAAGUACGUCGACAACCACGUAUCCACGGCCAAGUACAACGUCGCUACCUUUAUGCCCAAGUUUCUGUUAGAGCAGUUCUCAAAGUUCGCCAACAUAUUCUUUCUAUUCACGGCCGGCCUGCAGCAGAUUCCCGGCCUCUCGCCCACAAACAGAUACACCACCAUCGGACCCCUUAUCGUUGUGCUCAUGGUGUCGGCGGGUAAGGAAUUGGUCGAGGACUACCGCCGGAAGCAGGCCGACAAGGCCCUCAACAUGUCCAAGGCCCGUGUUCUGAGGGGCUCGACGUUUGAGGAAACGAAAUGGAUCAACGUUUCUGUCGGAGACAUUGUGCGCGUCGAGUCGGAGGAGCCGUUCCCGGCCGACCUGGUCCUUCUGGCGAGUUCCGAGCCCGAGGGUCUGUGUUACAUUGAGACUGCAAACCUCGACGGAGAAACAAAUCUCAAGAUCAAGCAAGGCCUACCCGAGACGGUAACCAUGGUGAGUUCGAGCGAGCUGAGCCGACUGGGGGGCAGGAUCCGCUCCGAACAGCCCAACAGCAGCCUGUACACGUACGAGGCUACCCUGACUAUGCAAGCCGGCGGCGGAGAGAAGGAGCUGUCGAUAAACCCCGAGCAGCUACUUCUACGAGGUGCCACGCUGCGAAACACGCCCUGGAUCCACGGCGUCGUCGUCUUCACGGGCCACGAGACGAAGCUGAUGCGAAACGCCACGGCGGCGCCCAUUAAGCGGACAAAGGUGGAAAGGCAACUCAACAUGCUCGUUCUGGCCCUAGUUGGCAUUCUCCUGGGACUGAGCGUUAUCUCAACUGUUGGCGACCUCAUCAUGCGGAGGGUUGACGGAAAUUCGCUCACCUAUCUCUUCCUGGACCCCAUCGGUAGUCCCUCUGAAGUUGCCCGCGUCUUCAUCAAAGACAUGGUCACGUUCUGGGUUCUAUUCUCUUCCCUGGUCCCUAUUUCGCUGUUUGUCACUCUCGAAAUGGUCAAGUACUGGCACGGAAUAUUGAUCAACGACGACAUGGAUAUAUACUACGACGUCAACGACACACCUGCGAACUGCCGGACCUCGAGUUUAGUCGAAGAGUUGGGUAUGGUGGAGUACGUUUUUUCGGACAAGACGGGCACACUGACAUGCAACAUGAUGGAGUUCAAGCAAUGCUCAAUUGCCGGCAUCAUGUACUCUGAAACAGUCCCCGAGGACCGUGUGCCGACAAUCGAGGACGGAGUCGAGGUUGGAAUCCACGACUUCAAGCAGCUCCGGGAAAACCGCAAGACGCACGCAUCUGCGCAAGCCAUUGAUCACUUCUUGACCUUGCUCUCAACAUGCCACACUGUUAUCCCAGAGAGAGACGAAGAGGGAAACAUCAAGUAUCAGGCAGCAUCUCCCGACGAGGGGGCGCUAGUCGAAGGCGCCCUGAUCCUUGGCCACAAGUUCUCGGCACGCAAGCCGCGAUCUGUGCUUAUCGAAGUCGACGGCAAGUCACUCGAGUUUGAGCUGCUAGCUGUAUGCGAGUUCAACUCGACCCGCAAGCGUAUGUCGACCAUCUACCGCUGCCCUGAUGGAAAGGUGCGGUGCUAUUGCAAGGGUGCGGACACCGUUAUUCUGGAGCGGCUGAACGACGACAACCCGCAUGUCGAUGUCACCCUGCGUCAUCUCGAAGAGUAUGCGUCCGAGGGUCUACGAACACUCUGCCUCGCCAUGCGUGAGGUUCCAGAGCACGAGUUCCAGGAAUGGUACCAGGUGUACGACAAGGCUCAGACCACCGUCAGCGGAAACCGCGCCGAAGAGCUGGACAAGGCUGCCGAGCUUAUUGAGCGCGAUUUCUACCUAUUGGGGGCGACUGCUAUUGAGGAUCGGCUGCAAGACGGCGUGCCCGAGACUAUUCACACACUGCAGGAGGCGGGCAUAAAAGUCUGGGUCCUCACUGGCGACCGGCAAGAGACGGCCAUCAAUAUCGGCAUGAGCUGUAAGCUCCUCAGCGAGGACAUGAUGCUUCUCAUCGUCAACGAGGACACGGCCGCCGCGACGCGGGAUAACAUUCAGAAGAAGAUGGACGCCAUCCGGAACCAGGGCGAAGCCACUAUCGAGAUGGAAACCUUGGCUCUCGUCAUUGACGGCAAAUCGCUCACGUUUGCUCUCGAAAAGGACCUCGAGAAGCUCUUCCUUGAUCUUGCCAUCAUGUGCAAGGCUGUCAUCUGCUGCCGCGUUUCCCCGCUGCAAAAGGCACUGGUCGUCAAGCUGGUGAAGAAGUACCAGAAGGAAUCGAUUCUCCUCGCCAUUGGCGACGGAGCAAACGACGUCUCCAUGAUUCAAGCCGCGCAUAUCGGCAUCGGAAUCAGCGGCAUGGAGGGUCUCCAGGCUGCGCGCAGUGCCGAUGUUUCCAUUGCCCAGUUUCGCUUCCUCCGCAAGCUGCUUCUCGUCCAUGGCGCGUGGAGCUACCACCGCGUCAGCAAAACCAUUCUGUUUUCCUUUUACAAGAACAUGACGCUGUACCUUACGCAGUUUUGGUAUGUCUUCCAAAACGUAUUCUCUGGUGAGGUCAUCUACGAGUCGUGGACGCUGUCGUUUUACAACGUCUUCUACACGGUACUCCCGCCACUCGUAUUGGGAAUCCUCGACCAGUUUGUCUCGGCACGCCUUCUCGAUCGGUACCCGCAGCUCUAUAAUCUAGGUCAGUCGAACGCCUUCUUCAAAAUCAAGGUGUUUGCGUCCUGGAUCCUCACGGCCGUCUACCACUCUAUCAUCCUGUACAUCGGCGGCAGCCUCUUUUGGAUCAACGAUGGCGUGCAGAGCGACAGCUUGGUGGCGGGUAAGUGGGUAUGGGGAACGGCCAUGUACGGGGCGGUGCUCCUGACGGUGCUCGGCAAGGCGGCGCUCGUGACCAAUAACUGGACAAAAUACCACAUCAUCGCCAUCCCAGGCAGCAUGGCUAUCUGGAUCGUGUUCGUGGCGGUUUAUGGCACAGUGGCACCCAAGCUGGGCUUUUCAACAGAAUAUUACGGCGUCAUCCCCCGCCUCUUCACCAGCGCCACCUUCUGGAUAGAAAUGCCUACCCUCGCCCUCCUCUGCCUAUUCCGCGACUUUACCUGGAAGUUUAGCAAGCGGCUGUGGCGGCCCGAGCCGUACCACCAUGUGCAGGAGAUUCAAAAGUACAACAUCCAGGAUUACAGGCCUCGUAUGGAGCAAUUCCAAAAGGCCAUCCGGAAGGUUCGCCAGGUGCAGCGCAUGCGCAAGCAGCGUGGCUACGCCUUCUCCCAGGCCGACGAGUCGCAGACGCGCGUCCUCCAAGCUUACGACACAACACAACAUCGCGGCCGUUACGGCGAGAUGGCGAGUUCAAGGUCCAAUAACCCCCAUGCUGAAGGCAUGGUUGGGAGAAUAUAG